AUGGAAUGCGUGGUGUGCCACGGCCCGCACGACUACCGCCAUGAAGAGAAACCAGUGCCCACCGUCGGUCCGGGCGAGGUUCUGCUCAAGGUUCAUGCUGCCGGCAUGUGCGCCAGUGAUGUCGCGUGUUGGAAGGGAGCAUUCGGUUACUGGCCCGGCGAUGGCAUGGCCGGCUUCGUGCAGCCGCCGGUCGUUCCCGGGCACGAGUUCGUCGGCACGGUUGUGGCGAUGGGUGAGGGCGCAGCCGAGAAGCACGAACUGUCGCUUGGUGAUGUUGCGGUCAGCGAGCAGAUCACCCCGUGCUGGAAUUGCCGCUUCUGUGCUCGGGGCCAGUACUGGAUGUGUCACAACACCGAGAUCUACGGCUUUCGCCAGCACUGUCACGGCGCGAUGUCGGACUACAUGGUGUUCCCCGCCAACGCCAUCAACCAUCGGGUGCCCGAGACGGUGCCGAUCGAUCAUGCGGUGUUCAUCGAACCGCUGGCCUGUGCGAUUCACGCUGUGGACCGAGGCAACAUCAUGGAAGGUGACACCGUGGUCGUGGCCGGGUGCGGCCCGAUCGGGUUGGGCAUGAUCGCUGCGGCCAAGGAGAAGAAGCCAGGGCUGCUGAUCGCCAGCGACUUGCAUCCGAAACGACUCGAGCUGGCCAAAGCGUGUGGUGCAGAUCUGAUUCUGAACCCCAGCGAGAUCGACAUCAUCGACGAGGUUCGGUCGCUCACCGAUGGCUACGGCUGCGAUGUGUUUCUUGAAGCUUCCGGUCACCCGAGCGCAGUCGACCAGGGCUUACGUAUGCUCCGUAAGCUCGGCACCUUCGUCGUCUUUGGUGUGUUCAAGGAGAAGGUGACGACCGAGUGGUCGAUCAUCGGUGAUCGCAAGGAACUCGAUGUGCUCGGCGCUCACCUCGGACCCUACACCUAUCCCCGCGCAAUCGAGAUGCUCGCUGCGGGCGUGCUGCCGAUGGAUCGAAUCAUCACCCACCGGUUGCCGUUCGCCGAGAUCGACACCGCACUCGAGCUCACUGCGGGUGGCGCCGACUCGGUCAAGGUCACGUUGGCGCCCGGGGUCUGA